AAAAAACUACAAAAAAAAACAAAAUUGAUAAAAUAUCAAAGAUACUAGCUAUGCUAAUUUCUUUUUCUAUAAAUGACGUCGUCUUGGCUUUUGAAUAACUUGAAGCUCAAGCAAACUAUAUUGUUUGCUCGUAUUAUUAAAAUCAACUGAUUUCUCUUUUUGACACGUUUCAAUGAAAUGCAAGUGUUAUAUUAACACAUUGUCUUUGUAACUGUGUCGAUGAAACAAAAUGAGACUAAUUUCAUUCACUAAAGUCAUACAUAGGUUUAUCUCCGGUCCCCGUUUUAGUUCAUUUGUAUGCUAGAACACUCGUUCACACUUGAUAACAGUAGAAAAAAAUGAUUAUGAUUACCGCCGUGUUUGCAAGCAUUUUUGUCCUCAUGGUUUGAAACUUACUGAAUCAAAUAUAUAUAAAAAAACAUGAAGUCUGAAACUCAACUGGAAUAUAUGACAGGUAAUAAAAACAACCCUGAUGAUGUUCAAAUAACACCACAGAAAACAACAUGUGAAAAGGUCGUAGAAACAGUAUUCCUUGUGGCAACAUGGCUGGCACUCGGCUUAUAUCUGGAGAUAUUUGGUCCAACACUGAUUGAUCUUAAGAUAAAACUAAACACUGGUUACGAGGAUAUUGCCGUAGCGGUAUCUGGUAGGAGUUUUGGACUGUUCCCUGGCUGCGUCAUCGGUGGUUAUUUGGUCGACAAAUUCGGCAAAUACUGUCAUCUAAUGCUGGCUGUUUGUUUGGACUUCGCGGCAAUAGCAACUGCCAUCAUUCCCUGGUCACAAAAUGUGGAGCUUCUGUGGUUUCUGUGUUUUGUUGGUGGUUUUAUGGAGUCUGUUAUUAACAUAGCUGGACAACGACUUAUCCUGAAACUUUGGCAAGAAAAGGCAGCAACUCCAAUGAUACUCCUUCAUUCAGGAUAUGGCUUCGGAUCAUUUAUCAUUCCUCUAUAUGCCAAUCCAUUUCUGGCUGUUAAACAAGAAGGUCAAAUAAAUUCCGCUUUCCAGCAUUCGAAUUCUACGUAUUUGACAACUCCAUCAGAAUUGGUUUUGAAUACCACUUUAACAAAAUACGCAAAGGGAUCAAGGAUAGAAUAUACUUACGCAAUAUCUGCGAUAUUGGUUGCACUGCAUUCCCUUUCUUUUUAUGUAUAUCAAGUGCGUGAACAUCGAUAUCAAGUCGGAAAAACUGGUACCGAGGAAGCACAAUCUCCAACUCUCAAAAAGAAUAUUGACCCAGAUCGCUCAUUUCUCCAAAUGAUAAAUCCAGGCACUUGCGCUGGUGGGCGUAUGUGGUAUGGCGUUCAAGUAUUUGCUUUACUAUUUAUAUGUUUUGCAAAUGCCAAUGGUGGAGAGAGACUUUUAGGAGGCUUUAUCCGUAGUUUUUCUGUUGAUCAACUUGGAUUCUCGAACAGCGACGCUUCUUUUAUCAACACGACUUUCUGGAUUAGUUUUGCAGUUGGUAGGAUUUCUUUCUCAAUCGCUGCAAAAUGGAUAACAGUACGUAUUUUGGUUCUUAUUCAAACAGGUGGAUUGACUAUUACAUCAAUACUAUUGGCGAUCUUUGCAAAAGACAAUUCGACAUCCUAUUGGGUAUUGGUACAGUGUCUGGGUUUAUUCGAAGCCCCACUGUGGCCAACUUUUGUAGCGUGGACGGACUAUCAUCUUGAGCUUACUGGAAUGGGAAUGAUGGUGAUCCUUCUUGGCGGAUCAGUAGGUGGUAUAGGUCAUCAAAGUCUUAUUGGUUAUUUGUACGAACACUUCGGCCCACAAAUGUUUCUUUACCAGCUCCUUGGAUAUGCAAUACUUGCUUUUCUAUUAGCGGUUUUCUUAGACAUAAUUGGUGCUCAACAUGGCAGUAGGUUUUCCUGGGAUAAUGCAGUUGAAAUGGUUCGUGCGGAUCAAGUACUGCUUGAUAAUGCAAAUGAGAACAAUGAGACUAGAUUCGAUAAAGACAAAAGCUGUGAAGUAUCUAAAGUCAAAGUUUAAAACUAAUUCAUGAUAAUGUGUUAGGUAAUUAUUAUUUCUAUGUUUACCAUUAUUCUUUGUUUCAUUCCAACUACUAUUCAGACAUGUUACACAAAUGAGGUUUGCGAGUCUUUAGUUUCGUGGCUAUUAAUAUUACAAAUGUAACUCGUUAUUUAUAAAGUGAUACAUAAACAUUAAACGCAUUAUAUUUGGAUGAGAGAUGAUGCCCUUCCAUUUUUUCUCUCAUAUCAUGAACUUUCUCAAUCUUCAACCAUCUUUAUUUUUCACAAUAUCAGUAUAAUAUUUGCAAAGGAUGUUCCGCAAUAUGUGUUUGAUUAUUGACAACCAAUAAACGUGAUGUAAAUACACAGUACAUAUUACGCGAGGUAUGUCACUUUUGUACUAAUUUUUGUAUCAUAGUUGAUAAAUAUUUCAGCUCGAAUGAAAUAGUUUCCGUACAAAUGUUUUCCAACGAAACAAUCCGAACAUCUAGGCUUAUAUUAGUAAUAACCUCGGACUUAAUACGGAUUGAAGGUAGUACUACCACGUGGUUUUAGAUAUGUAAGCAAAAACACAGGGUGUAAUAUUUGACAACGUAUAACAAAUGUAUAUGUUUGGCAUCCAAAGAACAAAAGUCUAUAAAAAAUGGAAAGACCUAAAAUUAUUGUUGAAAAGCAUAAACAAUUAAACAAUUUAAAAUGCUUACUGAUGUACAAUUAAAACCAAAUCAGAAUAAAUGUCAACAGAUAGACACUCUGUACUUUCGGUU